CUGCCAAAUGUGAAAUCAGCCCAGAACACCGCGUCCCACUGCGCCCCGGCCCUGCGCGGCCGGCGGGGACCGGGGGAGAGGGCAGCGACGGACAAUCGGGCACCGAGCUCAUUAGUAUUAUUAAUUAUCAGGGAGGAGGAAGUUUCAUUUUCGAGUCCCUAACAAUAAGGGAAAAAAAAAAAAAAGAAAGAAAGAAAGAAAGAAAGAGAGAGAGAGUCGCCGCUAACUCGGUGCCAGCCCGCCUCGGGGUUCUCACGCUGCCGGGUUUUUUUCCCAGGGCCGCCCGCCCCGCUCGUUCCGCGCCGCUCCGCGCCUCCCACCGCCCCGCUCCGCUCCGCUCCGCUCCGCGCCCCGGCCCGGCCCGCACUGACAGCGCCGGAGCGAGCCGGGCAGCGCUGCCGGGCGAGCCGGGCCGCCCCCGCCGCUCCUCCGCCGCUCCGGGGCAGCGGCCCCGCCGCUCGGGGCCGCGGGGGCAGCGCCCGCUCCGCUCCGCGCCCGCGCAACAAACUUUGGGGCGCGGCGGCGGCGGCGGCGGCGGCGGGCGGGCGGCAGCGCUCCCCCCGCGCCCCUCUCCGCACCGCCGGCGCUCCGCGGCCGCGCAGCUCCGCGGGACGCCGCGCAGGGAGGGAGGCGGGGGGCGGCCAGCCCCGGCUGCCGUGCCCCCCUCCCCGUCCCGCUCCCCGUCCUGCCGCCGCCGCCUUUCCCCCCACGGCCGCGGCGGAACCGGCCGGAAAAAGUUUUCCCGGGGGGCCGUCUUACCGUUUUUCCUCCGGGGGUUGGCUUGUUUUCGCCUCUUACACCUGGGGCCAUCCGCCAUGAUCUGCUGCUUCAUUGAUAAGAGUGGAUCAGAUGGCAGUUCGCAUGGGCUCGACUCCCUGAUUCAGCAGCAGCGGCGGCGGCAGCGGCAGCGGCAGCAGCAGCACGCAGGCUCUAUGUAACGACCAAACACAGCGACAAUGUGGGCAUCGGGAUGUCCCAUUUAAACGCAGGGCGCCAACGGGGACCCCAGUUUGCACCCGAAAAAGAACCCAUCCACGCACACGGCGAGGCUGGCCGUGCCGGGGGAGGCUCCCAGAAGCUAAGGUGUUACUUCAGCCAGCUUCACAAAAUAAAAUAUAGAAAUGAAACCAACUAUGCAGACAAAACAGCAAAACUUUCUGUUUGGGGAAACACAUCCUUUGCCGGGGAGCCCUGCCCGGGGCUGGGGCUCCAGCGGUGCCCGGCCGGGCUGGCUCUGCAAGCUCAGGGCAUGCAAAGCAUUAACAGGCAGCUCCCGUACCUGGCUGACAGUAUAAACAAUCCAGAAAAAUUAAAAUACUCUCGAAAUGAAAUAACCCCUCUGAUGCGUGAGAUGGUGUGAGGAAAAAAAAAAAAAAAACAACAGAAGAGAAGAGGAAAAAAAAAAAAGAGAGAAAAUGGAAUUAAAUUCCGAACCUACCUGCGAAGUCUUGUUUGUAGUUUUGGCCAGAAAUGGUGAGAAGAAAAAGCAUGAAGAAGCCGCGAAGUGGAGGAGAAAAGGUGAAGGGAGAUGCAGCUCCUGGAGAAAUUGUAAAAAGCCUUGCAAAGAGUUGUCGGAAGGACCGUUAUUCCUGCUGGGCAGGUUAGGACUGAUCUCUUUCUGCCACUCCAGGAAACACAAACCUGGGGACGGACUGACGUGUUACGCCUCUUCUAAUGACAUUUUUUUCUUUUUCUUUUCUGUACGAGCGAGAGGAGAGACCCUGCAACACACGCCACCUAUCUUUGUGGGGAGGGAUAAUUGGAGAGCACCAAACGUGAGCAUCAUGUGGAAACGUGAUCGCCAAGUUUCUCUCUGGGAAAGGAUCUGGGAUAGAUUAUACCUUGAAGUCUCCGCGAACGCUUUAGCGGCAGAAAUGCAAUUCCACCUCCUCCCGCCCGCCCCCCGCCCCGCGCCCGCCCCCCGCCCCGCCGCUCCGCUCCGCGCCGCUCCGCGCCCCGCGGAAACUCAGCGCGCCCCGCCACCGCAUCCCAACCCCCCCGGGGGCUGCGGCCCCCCUGCCCCGCCGUGCAGCCCUGCCCUGCCCCCGCUCCCGGCCCGCAUCUCUGCCAGCCCCGGGCCGCAUCCCCGCUCGCCCCCCCGGCCCCAGGCGCAUCCCUGCCCCAGGGUCCCCCCGCGCAUCCCCCGGGCGGCAUCCCCCGCCCCCUCCCCAGCAGGAUCCCGCCGGAUCCCCGGCCCCCGGGCUGGAUCCCUGCCGGUUCUGCCAUCCUGGGCCGGGAUCGCUGCCCGUGCCCCCCCGGCGGGUCCCGCGUCCUGCCCCGCAGCGCCCCGCGGCCAGCCCCGCUCCGCGCUCUCGCCGCCUCCGCUGGGGAAAACUAAAACUUACCCUAACAUAAAGCCUAGAAACUAAACUCUGUUCGGGUACUGCAAAUAAGCUCCUGGCUUGUUUUGAUAUGGAUCAGGGGUGAGAUGGGCUCUUUUCCUGGCUCUGCUUUUUCUUGGAAGUAGCUGGAUGAGCAGAGAGAGACAGCGUGGACGAGUAACGCGUGGGGCUGAACUUCAGGGAGGUUUUCCUCCAUGGAAAUGCUGCAAGUUGAGGUGAGGGUGGCCUGAUCCUGAUGCAGACCUGCCUGGUUAAAGCCACAGGAGAAGCAGUCCUGCCUCCAGCUCCUCGCCACUUCUGACGGCCUAGAGCUGCUCAGCUGCCAUUCACAACGUCUGCCUGUGUGUCUGCAGCAGGGCAACAGCAUCCACAGGUCCCAAAAUUUCUUUCUUUGUUGGACAGAGAGAAGUGAGGCACAAACAUCCUCCAUCCACUGUCCCACACCAUGAGAUGGGGAUGCUUUUCCUUCUCUUCUGGGAUCAGUGCUGAAGUUUGGCCACAUUUCUUGGCUCAGUUGGCAGUGAUUAAAAUUCACGGCUCACUUUUGUUUAUAGUUGGUUGUUUACUUUGUUGAAUUUUUAAAAACUUGUUAGAAUGCAAUUGAACACAGAUUCAACAGUAUUUAGGCUUGAAAAAUAAAGAUGCAUUAGAAAGAUG